AUGAACACCUCCAAUGCCAAUCGGGCUCCUACACCUAUCUGGACGGAUUUCCACCGUCUAAGGGGGGAAGUAAAUGAGCAGCUAUCGGCGUUGCUGGAACGCCUGCAUGAGGCCGAGCGAAAUAUUCUCAUCCUGCGAACCGGCUGCCGCAUGGUCAAUAUCGAGGCCAGUGAAUUGAUGAACUCUUUUCAGCCAAACGGGCACUAG